UGCGCCCAUUAAAGCGUGACCAACCACUCAUCUAAGGCUGGCUGUUGAGUUCCAGAGAGGAGAGGAGAGGAGAGGAGAAAAUCAGUAAAGUAAAAGAAAAGAUGAAAAUGAGUAAAGUAGUAGAGUGUGUGUUUCUGUUUUUCGCUGUGAUUUUACUGUUCAUUCCAAUCUCUCACUCUCAGGCUAGAUUGAAUUCAAUUGUUGGUUUCCCCCAACCUGCUCUCCCUUCCUUCAACAUCAACACAACCGCUCUUUCCCACCAGAAUGGGGGGAGCUGUGUUUUCUCAGUGAGCAUAAGCACCAGCUGCUCUUCACCUUCACGCACACGAGACCAAAUCAGCCUUUCCUUUGGCGACGCUUAUGGCAAUCAGGUAUAUGCUCCGAGGUUAGAUGACCCGUCUACCGGGACAUUCGAGCGGUGCUCCACGGAUACGUACGAGAUAUCCGGGCCGUGUACGUAUCAGAUAUGUUACUUGUACGUGUACAGGAGCGGGUAUGAUGGGUGGAUACCGUAUGAUAUUACGGUCUACGGGUAUUAUACCAAGGCCGUCACGUUCCACUACGACGUUCCUAUUCCGGCAGGUAUCUGGUAUGGGUUUGACUAUUGCUCCGGUGCUGGUGCCAAAGCUAAGGCAGAAUGGCUAUGGAGUUCGUUGUCUGUUUUUGUGACGAUUUUGUACAACCUUGCUGGGCUAGGUCGUGACGAUUAGCUUCGUCGCAUUUUUCAAUGGCCUUUUACUCUUCUGCACGUCUCAUGGACAUAUUCAUUAUCUCAUCAAUUUCAACUACCCGUCUACCCUUUUAUGUUUGUUACAAAUUUCACGUUGUGAUCA